AUGGCCAACACAUGGGCCUGCGUCUUCGUCGUACUUACGUCUGUGAUCUCAAUGGUUUCCUCGUCGGGCUUCUUCGAGAUGCAAAUUCUGGAGAUAGCCAACACCAACAGCCAUCUACUGUCCGGAUACUGCUGCGGUCUGCCGGCGGCGAAGCAGCGAAUGCAAACGACCGGAUGUCCGGCAUGUGCAACCGCGUUCAGGCUGUGCCUGAAGGAGUACCAGGGCACGACCUCGAGCAGUGGCCAGCAGCAGCUGAAGGCGCAGAAGCAGCAAGGCGGCAGCAGCGCGGCGGAAGCCCUGCUGCUGGCCGACGAACCGCAAACGACUGCGUCAUCGGCCAUGUACGGGUGUGCGUUCGGGAACGCCAGCACGCCGACCCUCGGCGGGUCAAGCUUCGUCCUGUCCGACUCGGAAGUCGGUCGGGUCACGCUACCCUUCACGUUCCGGUGGACGAAAUCGUUCACGCUCAUUCUGCAAGCCCUGGACAUGUACAACGAGUCCUAUCCAAUUGCAGACCGUUUGAUCGAGGAGACCUCGUUCUCCGGUGUCAUUCUACCCUCGCACGAAUGGAAUACAUUAGAUCACACGGGGAAGAACGCCCGGAUCACGUAUCGGGUUCGGGUGCAGUGUGCCGACAACUACUACAACACGACCUGUACGACGUUCUGCCGGCCCCGGAACGACCAGUUUGGGCACUAUACCUGCGGCGAGCAGGGCAACAAGGUGUGCCUACCGGGCUGGCAGGGCGCCAACUGUGAGAAAGCAAUCUGCAAGCCGGGAUGUGACCAAAUACACGGCAAAUGUGACCAGCCCGGGGGAUGCGAAUGCCGCCCCGGAUGGCGGGGGCCGCUGUGCAACGAGUGCAUGGUCUACCCGGGCUGUCGCCACGGCUACUGCAACGGUAGCGCCUGGCAAUGCAUCUGUGAUACCAACUGGGGCGGAAUCCUGUGCGAUCAAGAUCUCAACUACUGUGGAACGCACGAGCCGUGCAUGCACGGCGGAACCUGUGAGAACACCGCCCCGGACCAGUACCGGUGCACCUGUGCCGAGGGCCUGUCGGGGACGCGCUGCGAGAUCGUGGAGCAUCCGUGCGCUCCGCAGCCGUGCCGGAACGGAGGCACCUGCACCCUGACCGGAAGCGCCCUGAUGGGACGGUCGGACGACAAACGGCUGGGAUCGGCGGAAGCGACGAGCGCGGCUCCCAUCAUUGUGCGGGGGAUGCGCGGGAUGAGUUCGAUGGGGAAACCAUUUGGGAGGAGUAAUGGCGGUGGGGCGAAUGGGGCUGGGACAGGAGCCGCCUCGACGGGCGGUGGGGGUGUGGGCGCGAUUGGGGGAGGCGUGGGCGAUUCCUCGUCGAGCAAGGAGCUAUUGUUGCUGCCGCAGCCGAUCAAAGAUUUCAUCUGUAGCUGCGCGCCCGGAUGGACCGGGCCGACCUGCGAGAUAAACAUUGACGAGUGCGCGGAAGGACCCUGUCAUAAUGGUGGCACCUGCAUCGACAUGGUCGGGAAGUUUCGCUGCGAAUGCCCGCCCCAAUGGACGGGAGAGACGUGCAGUUUCGACGUAGACGAGUGCGAAACGAACGUCGCCUCGGGCCUGGGCCCGUGCAUCAACGCCGAAUCCUGCCGGAACUUGCCCGGAUCGUUCCAGUGCAGCUGCCUGGAGGGAUGGGGUGGCCCAACGUGCGCCCAGAAUCUGGACGACUGCGUGGGCCGGUGCAAGAACGGCGCUACCUGUAUCGAUCUGGUCAACGACUACCACUGUGCGUGCGCCGUCGGCUACACCGGUCGUGACUGCAGCACCGAUAUCAACGAGUGCGCCAACUUCCCCUGCCGCAAUGGGGGCGAGUGCGUCGAUCUGAUCGGCAACUUCAAGUGCAUCUGCCCGCUCGGCUACUCCGGGACGCUGUGUGAGGAGGCGAAAGAUCACUGCACCUCGUCGCCGUGCAUCGAAGGACGGUGCCUGAACACCCCCGGAGGGUACUACUGCCAUUGUCCGCCGGGCCGAGCCGGCAAGCACUGCGAAUUCCUGCGGAUGCCGUGCGAUUCCCCACCCUGCUUUAACGAUGGCUGUACGAUGACGAACGAAACCUCCGGCUCGUCGGCGAUGACCCCGUGCAGCGGUCGUGGGAAAUGCGAAUCCAGUGCACUGGGCUCGAGCUGCGUCUGUCAGACCGGUUUCACGGGGCCCUUCUGUCAGCACAAUGUCAACGAGUGCUUUUCGAAUCCGUGCAAAAACAGUGGGAUUUGCAUCGACGGGGAUGCGGAUUACACGUGCGAGUGUCCCCCAGGCUGGACGGGGAAGAACUGCGCAGACCGUGCGGUGCAGUGCCUUCCCGGACAAUGCCUGAAUGGUGGGUCCUGCAUCUUGUCGCCAAUUUCCAGCAUAUCGCAGUGUAGAUGUUCGCUCGGAUGGGGUGGCCCGUUCUGUAGCGAGCCGGUCGACCAGUGCCAAGGUCAGCCGUGCCACAAUGGUGGAACGUGCGAGUCCGGCCCCGGGUGGUUCCGAUGCCUUUGCGCGCGGGGUUUCUCCGGUCCGGAUUGUCGAAUCAACGUGAACGAGUGUUCCCCACAGCCUUGUCUUGGGGGAGCCACCUGCAAGGACGGAAUCGGAGGAUUCACGUGCCUUUGCCCCGUUGGACGAAGAGGCGUUCGUUGCGAAAUUUUGCUUUCGGAUCCCUCGUCAGUGUGUUCAAACACGACAACCAACUCGCCGUACGACCCCUUGGUGACAAGUGACUCGCCAACUCCUGCUACGAUUAUCGAUGAGGGCAACUGCAACUCAUGUGUCUGUGUCAACGGAAAGCCUCGCUGUUCGAACAUGUGGUGCGGGCUGCGGAACUGCUUGAACAAGAACCUUUCGAACAGUGCCUGUGAAAGUCAUCAAGUUUGUGUGCCUGCUGCGCAGGAGAGUUGCUUGGCGCCACCAUGCACACCUCGUGGAGACUGUCGGACAUUCGAGCCAUCACGGAGGGUUGCUCCUCCACGAAUUCCAGCGCCCAUUGAUUGCUGGCCAAAUCAGGCCACCCUCGGAACGCACUGUGCUCGAAUUUCAAUCCUACUGGAGCUGAAUCGACUGUCACGAGGCACUUCCGUCGAUGGAAUGUGCCACCUUCUGCGACUGCAGCUAGGCGAAAAACUGAUCAAGAGUCCCUCAAUCGACGUUACGGUGUUUGUCGUGGUGAUGUGCGAUCUCAAAACCGGCACCAACGAUACAAUCGAAGUAACUCUGUCAACUCCUACAGAUACCAGCAACAGUGCCUCCAGCCCUCUUACGGAAGCGGUCCGGCUUCUGGCGGAGAUCCUUUCGCGCCAACAGGGCGUCCAGAACGACUCCUUCCAGCUGGACGUGGCCGAAGCUGCCCCACUAACAUCUAUCCUGGAAGUCAAGGUAGAAACCGCUCUGAUCAACGAAACUACCGCCGGAUCGAACUACCUGAUUGCCGUCGGGUUCGGCAUUGCCAUAGUGGCGCUGUGCGUGGGGGCAUUCGUAGCGCUUGUCUGGCGGCAGAAACUCCAGAGCCACAGCGGUUCCGGAACGAAUCUGACUCCUCACAUGGACCUGUCGCGGAGUCACGAGGAGGAGAAGAGCAACAAUCUUCAGAACGAGGAAAACUUCCGGAGGUACGCCAACCCCCUGAAGGGCAGUGCCAGCUCGUUACGAGGUGCCAUGGAGUUAAGUCUCAACCCGGCGCCGGAGAUCAACCAAAUUGCCGGCCCGAGUGUCGUCCAUCGCUCACAGCAGCUUUAUCCCAGCUGUGGCAACGAUUCCGAGUUCGAGAAAGACUCCGACAAGCAGAAAACGGCUAACCGGAACUCGCACAUUCUGCUGCACAAAACGCAAAAUUCCGACAUCACCAAGAACAUCGUCAGCUCCAUCGAGAGCCAACACAAAGACUUUGGCAAGCGAAGCAUCAACGAGCACACGGCGCCUAGCAGCAUCGUGGUUCCGCCUUCCACGCCCAGCAGUGCCUCAGUAGUGCCCGCGAACGGUGGCGCAGUAGUGGUAAGUAGCGUAGCAACGGCACCCAGCAGUACGGCGCCGAUUGCUACGAUCGAUUCCGAUGUUCUCACUGUACAUGUGUAAGUGUGGCGCCCAGUGCCUGCUAGAUAAGGUCGAUUUAUUUUUCGAAACGCUCUUAAUUCUCUCAUUAGUUGAGCAAUACGGAAAAGUGAGAUUCUCAUUUUUUUAUAAAUAGGACUUAUUUUAUUCUGUAGAAUUUUUAAAGUAUUUAUUUGUCUUCCCCCUCACUCAUACACUUUCACAACACGAACCGUAGACUUGAUUGUUGACAUUAUAGUGCUUGCAUUGUGUAAAUAUAGGAAAUACGAAGUUGACGAUACGCGAACUGUAGGCCGAGUGCAUUUUCCGUACUUUGAAAAGCAGAAGAAUGCGACAUUUGAAGUCGCAGAACGUGUACAGUUUUAUGUAAUGUGAUAUUAAAUAAGAAGAAGCAAUAUAAUUCUUUAGGUUGAACGAAGGGAAUGACUGUGAAUAAGCGAAAUCCAGAAAUAACAAUAUUUAUAGCACAAGCAACUUAUACUUAAAAUGGAAACAAACUCGAUUAGUUGGGCGCCAACUGUAUCCAUCGAAAUGAUUUUAAAGCAACGCAUAAACGAUCAGCGCAUUCACAACCACAAACACUAAUUUAACUCGAAACACAUAGUCGCUAAGAAUCUCAGAACGAAUAGAAAAUGUGAAGUUUAUACUAAAUAAAAUAGUUCCUUGUUUAGUUACGAUCGUUUUAGUCUAAAUAUUCUUGAAAAGUUUAAAAACGAAAGGAAAACGCAGAACAUUCUUGUACAGAGUUUAAUGAUUAAGUUUUCUUCAGUAGCCAGAGAUUUUCUAUUUUGAGCACCUAAGUAGCAGAUAAACGAUAGCCAGAACGUACUCAAGCCCAUUAGCGAAGCGAAUUGUAGAUAGCGAAAGGAAGCAACGUGAGCCCUAUUGACAGAUCACAUGCGGCGGACGCAAUCUGACUGUGAUUGAGAUCAAUAUUUUCAUUUUAACACUUUGAACGACGUUCGACCGAAUCGAACGCCGUCGCAAACAAUAGCUGAACGAAUUCCGAUCAAAGGGUGGCGUAUUGUGCCACCGCAUGUAAAUAACACACUGUAAAAAGAUGCAUUUUUAAGAGUUAGAAUAUUUUUUUAUUUGUUUACACAUCCAAGCCACGCUAGAAAAAAGAUCGAAGCAGAAGAAUAAAAAAAUCAUCGGAUCUGAAUGUCAGAUACUAUUUAGGGAGCAGAUUAUUUUCUCUCAUUCCAGUACAUGGUACUUAAUAAAAGGAAGCUCAUUCCACAAUAUUACAGCAGCAGAGUGCUGAAGAAAAAUCCCGUGAAUUGUGAAAAGAAAAGGAGAGCAAUAAAAAUUAUAUUUCUUGAAAAUGAAGAA